CGCCGUUGGCGAAGCCAGGCUGUCCUAGGAAGCCGAGUGGGAGUGGCACGGAGCUGCUGGAGGUGCUGAGAACCUGAGUUUCGGCAAGCAGCCAGAAUAUUUUAAAAAUGACUACACCAAACAAGACACCUCCUGGUGCUGACCCCAAGCAGUUGGAAAGGACUGGAACAGUACGGGAAAUUGGGUCACAAGCUGUUUGGUCACUCUCAUCUUGCAAACCAGGAUUUGGAGUGGAUCAGUUACGAGAUGACAAUCUAGAAACUUAUUGGCAAUCAGAUGGUUCCCAGCCUCAUUUAGUGAACAUCCAAUUCAGAAGAAAAACAACAGUGAAGACAUUAUGUAUUUAUGCAGACUACAAAUCUGAUGAAAGCUAUACUCCAAGCAAGAUCUCAGUCAGAGUAGGAAAUAAUUUUCACAACCUUCAAGAAAUUCGGGGUUUUAAACAGGUGAACAAUACGUCUUUUAAGAAGGUUAAGUCAACAAGAUUCAAAUGGAGCAGCAAGCACUAGAGACAAUAAAGGUAGGGACUGAAAUUUUUUUAAUAAGGUAGCACUUAGGACAAUAGUACCUGAUACAUAGUAAGCUUGCAAUAAAAUAUUUGAUAACGAAAGGAAAAAUCCAUGUGUGAUGUGAUGACCAGCCAACCCAAACAGGGGUGUGGCAGUGGAAGUGGCAAGGAAUGACUGGAUAUAUACAAUACAAUAGACAGAACUCAUUGACUGCUUAUGUGUAAGUGAGCAGAAAUUUCAAGUUUAUGUUAAAGUUAAUUAACAGAUAUGAAUAUCAUGCUAAGAUAUUUAUAUAGGUGUCUAUUACAUGGGAGCCUCAGAAGAAUAAGUAAUGGAACAGUGGUGAAUAUAUUGAUCAUUAAUCUAUAAGGCAUUACAAAUAUAUAUAAGAAAACAUGUAAAGAUGAAUAUAUCCUAUUUCUUUACCACUGCCACCCCUAACUUUAAAACUAUCACGUGAGCUUUGGUGUGUAGAGCAACAUCCUCUAGAUGCUAUAUAGGGUAGUAACUUGCUCUACAUCUGUGUUUUUGUAGGCCCUUUUGAUGAAAGAGCAUCAGUUUACACAUUUCUGAGAGGAGGUGUUUUCCUGCAGUAGCUAUAAUGUGCAUUUACAACUUUAUAUUUAUUAUUACACGGUGCCAAUGCAAGCCAGUGGCAAAUAAUUCAAUGUUUUCUAUUUCUGAUUUUGCCUUGAUCGUCCCCAAAAGUGCAGUUAUUAAUCCUUCUCUUAACAGUGGCUCUCCAUUUUUUAUUUUUAUGUAUAUUAAGGAAUUCAGAAUUUGUAGUAGUUAUCAAAUUUUUAGAUUUUAGACUCAUUAGUGAAAAUAUGUGAUAAUUCUUUUUGUCAUAAUUAUUUAGUAAUCUCUGUAAGACACUUUCAUUAUGUGAAUUUCUUGGGUAUUUCUAUGGGUUUUUCCACCCAGUGUGGAUUGUUUUCUCUUUUGUUUUAAACCUUGCAUUGUGAGCUUAUCUUCAGCAGGGCUUUGUCUGUAAAACUCCUGUGCAGCCUGGGUUAAGAAUUGUCUUUCAGAAUAGUUUUGGGUUUACUUCUGCAUGUACUCUAUAGAGAUCCCUGGCUUGGGACCUAUUUCUUUGUAAUUUCUUGACUUGUGGCUUUCUAGGCCACAUUUGAGAUAAUUUCAAUCCUGUAUGAGUUCAGGCUCAUAUUAUGGAUUCUCAAGAGAUUUCUUUUCCCCACCUAGAGCCCAAGCAUAGGAGAACCAGUUUCACUAUUGUCUAUUGUCUUCUUUUGCUGGUGGCCAGAGAGUUUAGCUCUUCGAGUUUUAUACAGAGAUCUUAGUUUCAGUAUGCCACAUUGCAAGAGUUAAGUUCUCAUCUCCUAUGUUUUUUCUUUUUCGCAUUCCCUGAAAAAUCAAACUCCUAGAUGACAACUCCUACUCACCACCCACCAUCGAGGCAAACACAGGAUAGACUACUCAUGUGCCAGUCCGGUUUUCAGUUGCUUCAUUAUUCCUGGCAUCUGGAUAUUUUUCUUUUAUAUGAGCUCAGCUAAGCAUUAUAAGUUCAUGUAUUUUUUCCCAGCAUUUCCAGUUUAUCUAGCAGGAGAGUUUUUAUGUAUAGUUUUCCAUAUUACUGAAACUCAAAUCUGGAAUUCUUUCCACAUCUGUAAAGUCUUUUUUCACAUGUUUCUAAAUAUCCUUGACUUGAUUUUUUUUUUAAAGAACAUUACAUUUCACAGUUGUUGUGGCCUUAAAAUGGUAUUUCCCAGCUUUUGGAUUUAAUUUAAGAAGUAGGACCUAAUUCUAAUAUCAUUAAACCUUGCCACUUCAUAAAUUCUACUCAAAGGCACAAAGGGAAUAAUUAACUCUGAAGAUUGAUAGAAGACUGGCUGUUUUAACUUGGCCUGAGGAAGUAACCCUGAAGAAUGCACCCCAUGUGAAUAAAUAACAACAAAUUCAGUGUGAUUACCUUGAGUUCUAUGAAACAGGGGAAUUGAGAAAUGAGAACACAGGGGGGUUUCAAUUACAUUUGUAAUGUUUCAUUUCUUAAGCCGGUAGUAUAUACCCAGGGGUUCAUUAUAUGCUCUACCAUUUUUAAAAAUUUGAAAUAUUUGAUAAUAAAAAUAAUUGUUAAAGAAAUUAUCACCAUAAUGCAAACAGUACCACAUCUUUAAUUUCAUAUAACAUAAGAUAUACAGGGCAUUUGGCAUUUGUCAUGUGUGCUUGUCAAGUGAAUAGAUAAUUUUUCAUCCCAAAGAGGUCAGAGAGUAAGUUGUUCUUUCAGCAACUGUUAAGAUUUAGUUAUCCCCAUACUAGACUCUAUUUUCUCCCAUGCCUGUUGAAAAUAUCACACGACUGACAACAAGAUCCAGUCUAUCCAGUGAGUAUGCUAUUUCCAACUUGGGAAGUAAUUCCAGCAUUAUCUGGAAUAGUAAUAGGUCGAAUUUGAAUCGUAUUCUUUGCUAAAAAGGUCCUUUUAAGUGUUUUUGCAAUAAAGUUAUCUGCUGAUUUUAUUUUUUUGUUCAUGUGAAUUACAAGUGUUGUUAUUUGGUGAUCUUGUUCACUUACAUCUUUUAAUACUAAAAUAUGAAAAAGGAAGAAAAGAUUGCCAUUUAGAGGGACCCAGGUCCCUUUGAAUGUCUACUUAGGCCUGACACCCUGCUUGAUUCCUUGCAUAAACUGUUUCUCAUCCUCACAACAUUAAAAAUAGUUAACAUUUAUUGAGCACUUUCUUUGUGCCAGUCACAUGAUAUUCUUUAUGUAAUAUUUAAUUCCUACAACAUUCCUACAAAAUAGGUCUUAUUAUCUCUCUUUCAGAUUGGAGAAAACAGGUUAGAUGAAUUCGACUAAGUAAUAGAACUACUAAAUAGAAUAUUUAUCUUUGAGUAACUCUGAAAUAACUCCCCCUAUAUACGUAUGCAUGUAUGUACGUGUGUGUGUUAGACUAUCUUUCUAUCAUCUCUUCUACAUAAUAUUGUCUAGUAUUGAAUACCUCAUAGCAAUAAUUUGACAUCACUUGGGCAUCAGAAAGAUUCAUGUCACUGUUACAAUAUGUAGGUAGGAUGUAGCUGCUUCUUAUUUACAAACAGUAGCUAAGACAAAAAUACAAGGAAUGGAUGAGCAGUCGAAAGAAAGCUGGGUGAUUAGGACAGAGGAGUGGUUGGAGGGCAGAAUGCUAUAAGAAAUCAGCUGCCUGAGGCUAGGUGGUAGAAUACUUAUUGAUGUUGAUGGUAUGUGUGGAUAAGUUAGGUAUGUAGCCUCUGGUUUUAUGUUUUCUGCCAUACCAAAGACAAAAGGACAAUGUUGUCCUGGGAUCCUCACCUUUGACUUAAUCAAAUAAAAUCUUCUCUCUUCACUUCACUUGUUAGGGAAGAGGGGUGAUGCAGG